UUCCGGAAAAUUGCGCAUGCGCCAAAAAAAUGAAUUAUGCCAGAGCCAUUCUUCGCCGCAGGCCAGAAAAAACGCAUAUUCAUCAAAUGUUUGCACAUUCGAACCUAAGAAAACAAACAAUUAUUUGUCCACUGAGACGAUGUAGAAUUCUCAGUUGGAAAACGUGCUUGAAAGCASGCAUGCGUUAAUUUUCACUUGUGUCGAAGACCUGAAGUACACGUGCUUCCCGCUCUUUUUUCAAGGUCACAUGAUCAUUUCCCCAAAAAUUCAAUCAAUAUAAAAUAUAUUUUACGAAUACUGAAUUCCACGGCUUAGUACAAAUGGCUUCUCUCCUUGAAAACCUCAAGAAAGAUGUGCARUGUUCCUUGUGUAAUGAUAGAUUUAUUGAACCCAAGAUCUUGUCGUGUUUUCACACAUUUUGUAAGCUCUGCAUCGAAAUAUACGUCGAGCUGACCGAGAAAGUCUUCAAGUGUCCAAAAUGUAAAUCAAAAACCCCUCUGCCAUAUCUAAACAGCGUGGAAGAUCUAGAACCAAGCCUACUGCACUCAAGGAUGGUGAAGGUGUUGGAGUUUGUAGAAAAUGAGAAGGUUUGUUCUGUUACUGGGAGUCAUCCACCAGCAUCUUGGCAUUGCUUUGAGUGUAAUCGCUCGUUGUGUGACGAAUGUGAGAAGAACCAUUCAGUGUUUAUCAAAGAUCACAAAAUUGUAUCUCUUGUAGAGAUAAAAGAAGGAGACGUCAAACUGAUGUUGAGCAGAGAGACUAACUGUGUAGAACACGUUGAUAAAAUAGUAGAGUUAUUCUGUAAAGACUGUGAAGAAAUUAUCUGCUUGGAAUGUUUGAAACAUGACCAUGAAGGCCAUUCAACCAUCACUUUAUCAAAAUAUGCAAAGAGUAAAAGUGCUUUGCUGUCUGAUAAACUUGAGCAGCUUAAAAUACGUGAGCAAACAAUGGAAAAAAAAUUCAAGGCCAUGCAAGAAGUGACUGAAGAAUUGAAAGAAUCUGGUGAAAAAGAAAAGUGAGAAAUAAAGAAAAAACUGGAAGAGACUAUUAAAAAGUUGCAAAUGAAAGCGAUGGAGCUGGUGAAGCAAAUAGACGAUGAUGUUUACGAGGCUGAGAAAAUAACAAUCAAAGGUCAGUCUGCUCGAUCAGACACAUAGUGCCAUG